AGGCCCCAGUUUUUCGGCUCGGCGGUUGUGGGUGGGCAUCGGAAAGACAUCAUGGGUGCCAACAAGGUUGUGCAAAAGUCCAAGGAGGCCAAAAUGAAGGCCGCCAUGGCUGGUGGUAAGUCCCGCAAGAAGAAGUGGGCCAAGGGCAAGGUCAAGGAGAAGCUUGCCAACCUGGUCAUGUUCGACAAGGCCACCUACGACAAGAUGCUGAAGGAGAUUCCCAAGGCCAGGCUCAUUACGCCCUCCGUGGUCAGUGAGCGUCUCAAGGUGAACGGCUCCGUGGCCCGACAAGCCAUCCGCCACCUCGAGGAGAAGGGCAUGAUCGCACAUGUCGGUGAAAAGUCCAGCAAGCAGAUGAUCUACACACGCAAGAUUGGCGGCGGAGAGGACUGAGGAGAGAUGGUUGGCCUGAGCCGAAGCCGAACCCGAAAAAGA